AGUACAGAAAUUUCUUGCAACUUUGAAAAGAAUUCAUCUGCAUCUGCAUGAUCCUUCCUUUAAAUGGAGAUAUUAUAUUUACUCCUUUAAAUGCUCCCCCACCCUGAGAUUCUCUCAGUGUGUAUCUUUGAAGAUUUCUUGAACAUGAUGGAGACCAAACAAGACUUCACAGGAGGAGCUUCUUCCCACACUAAUGGCUUUGAGAUGAUUGAGCUCGGACAACCAAAUGAAAGCCAAGGGAGAGUUUGUAAUGGAUGCACGGGAGACGGAUCACUCGAUAGGCAUGGCAAACCUGCUCUAAAAGGGGCAACUGGCGGAUGGAGAUGUGGAAUUAAAUUAUUAGCGAAUCAAGGACUUGUUACUCUGGCAUACGUUGGAGUGGAAGUGAAUAUGGUUCUUUUCUCCAAAUCUGUACUAAAACAGACCAAUGCCGAGGCAUCAAAUACAUUUAGCAGAUGGAUGGGAACCACCUAUCUCUUCUCUUUAAUCGGUGCCUUUCUUAGUGACUCUUAUUUGGGAAGAUACCUCACUUGUGUCACAUUUCAAGUCGUCCUUAUCAUUGGACUGGCAGUACUAUCCUUUUCAACACAAGCAUUUCUGCUUAAACCCCAUGGUUGUGGUACUACAGAAGUGUUAUGUGAAGCUCAUGCAUCCAUCGGAGUGGCAAUAUUCUACGUAUCAAUUUAUCUGAUUGCUCUCGGAAAUGGAGCCCCUGAACCCGCAUUAGCAAUAUUUGGUGCAGACCAAUUUGAUGAAGAAGAUCCUAAAGAACAGCAAUCUAAGAAUUCAUUUUAUAGCUACUUCUAUGUUGCGUUAAACCUUGGAUCCUUGGUUGCAGAGACAGUUUUGGUUUAUUUAGAGAAUAUGGGGUACUGGGUGUUGGGAUUUUGGAUAUGUGCUGCUUGUGCUGUCGUUGGAUAUGUGUUUCUUGUAAGUGGUAUUUUCAGAUAUAGGCAUUUCAAGCCUUCUGGUAAUCCUAUCUCUAGAUUCUCUCAAGUCAUAGUGGCUUCAUUUGGGAAAAUGAAGCUUCAAGUACCCCAAAAUGGAGAAGGGCUUUAUGAAGUUCUAGGGAGGGAGGGUGAAAUAAGCAGUGCAAGGAGAAUACUCCACACUAAUGACUUCAACAGGUUCCUUGAUAGAGCUGCCAUUAUCACCCCAAAGGACAUGAGCUUGGUGCAAGACAAAGGCCAAACUCCAAAUCCAUGGCAUCUUUGUACCGUCACUCAGGUUGAGGAAGUGAAAUGUAUACUGAGACUAUUGCCAAUUUGGUGCUGCACCCUUUUGUCGUCUGGAGUCUUUGUACAAUUGCUCUCUCUCUUUGUUGAACAAGGAGCUGCAAUGGACAUGACAAUUUCCAAGUUUCACAUUCCUCCUGCAAGCAUGACUGCGUUUGAUAUUGUAUCCUCGUCAGUUUUCAUUAUAUUAUAUGACAAGUUCAUUCUUCCCUUAAUCAUCAAGGUAACAAAAAGAAAGCCUAAACCUCCAAGUGAGCUACAAAGGAUGGGCAUUGGGCUAGCAGGUGUAACAGUAGCCAUGAUAGUUGCAGGCAUUGUCGAACGACAAAGGCGUAUACAUGCAGCUAAUAGUGAUAAGGAGACGAGUUCAUUAGGGAUUUUGUGGCAGGCACCACAAUACAUCCUUAUGGGAACAUCUGAAGCUUUUGUUUAUGUUGCACAAAUGCAAUUUUUUGCAUCGCAGACCCCGGAUGCAUUGAAAAGCUUAGGGAUCAGUUUGUCCAUGUCUUCAACAGCCAUUGGCAGCUAUAUUUACAGCAUGAUUUUGACACUAGUGAUGGCAAUCACAGCAAGAAAUGGGAAGCCAGGUUGGGUUCCUUCGAAUUUAAAUCAUGGUCAUCUAGAAAGGUACUUUUUUCUCUCAGCUGCUUUGAUAGCACUGAACCUGGUACUGUUUGUAAUAAGCGCCAAGCGGUUCAAGUUCACAUCAUUUGAGAAGCCAGAUCUGGAGGCAACUAAUGCAUCCACCUCUCUUUGAAUUUAAUAUGGCUUUUGGGAGCAGCAAUCUAAAUUAUCCAAGGGUAAGAAUUAAAAUGUAAUACUUGUAAGAAGGUAGUAGCAGAAACAGAUUUUAAAAAUAAAGGGUUUCAGCCCUUAAUUUCUGUAUUACAAGAGACGUAAUUAUUGGCUAACUGAUCAAAUUGAUUUACUA